UUCCUCUCGAUCGCCCCAAAAGUUUUCAUUUGCUCUUCUUCUUCUUCUUCUUCAGAGACGAUCUUCAAUCCUUCGCCUACUCCCGGACCUGCAAACCCUAGUUGUACCCUAGAUUUUCGCUUCGAUUUCCCCUCAUUGUCCUGUUCAGUGCUCAGGACUUCUCUGAAGCUCGAUUCGGGCGUGUGGAUGGCGUUUCUUAGUUGAAAAUUUUUGUUUUGAAGAAGCAAAAUGUCUGUUUCCGAGCUUAAGGAGCGGCAUGUGGCGGCUAUUGAGACGGUCAACUCUCUCAAAGAGCGAUUGAAGCAGAAGAGGCAUUCGUUGCUCGACACUGAUGUAGCUGGGUAUGUGAGGUCUCUGGGGAAGAAUCCCGUCUGUUUUGGAGCUACGGAUCUCGUGUGCUGCAGGACUUUACAGGGUCACACUGGAAAGGUGUAUUCGUUGGAUUGGACUUCAGAGAGGAAUCGAAUCGUUAGUGCAUCUCAAGAUGGGCGUUUAAUAGUGUGGAAUGCGCUAACGAGCCAGAAGACUCAUGCCAUAAAACUACCUUGCCCUUGGGUCAUGACCUGUGCUUUCUCUCCUUCUGGUCAAUCUGUAGCGGGUGGUGGUCUUGACAGUGUUUGUUCUAUCUUCAACCUCAACUCUCCAACUGACAGAGAUGGGAAUCUGCAAGUGUCUAGAACGCUUAGCGGGCAUAAAGGAUACAUUUCGUCAUGUCAGUAUGUUCCAGAUGAGGAUACUCACCUCAUUACUGGUUCUGGGGAUCAGACGUGUGUCUUAUGGGAUAUUACUACUGGGCUUCGAACCUCUGUUUUUGGAGGUGAAUUUCAGUCAGGGCAUGCAGCAGAUGUAUUGAGUGUAUCUAUUAGUGGAUCCAAUUCCAGAACAUUUAUUUCUGGUUCUUGUGAUGCAACUGCUCGCCUGUGGGACACUCGGGUAGCUAGUCGAGCAGUGCAGACAUUUCAUGGGCAUGAAGGGGAUGUUAAUGCAGUGAAGUUCUUUUCAGAUGGUAACCGAUUUGGGACAGGUUCUGAUGAUGGAACUUGCAGAUUAUUUGAUAUCAGAACUGGGCAUGAACUCCAAGUUUACCAUCAGCUGCACAGUGAUAAUACCAACUCACACGUAACCUCCAUUGCAUUCUCUAUAUCUGGAAGACUUUUGUUUGCUGGAUACAAAAAUGGUGAUUGCUAUGUGUGGGACACCUUACUUGCAAAGAUGGUUCUGAACUUGGGAACACUUCAGAACUCACACGAAGGGCGAAUUAGUUGCUUGGGCUUGUCUGCUGAUGGAAGUGCUUUAUGUACAGGAAGUUGGGAUUCAAACCUGAAGAUAUGGGCUUUCGGAGGUCACCGGAAGGUAACUUAAGCACGGGGAGAGUUUAAAGGGGGUGCAUUUUCUGUAAUGGCUUCAGUUUGACUGCAAGGCCUGUGUUUAGUGUCUGCAUGCAAAUGCAUUGUUCUUGCUUGUUGAAAUCCUUCAAAUUCUUGGUAAGUAUUCCAGUCUUUGCCUUGUAAGUUGUAGUAACCCCCUCUAGAAAGAUGUCCUAUCUCAACAUUCUGAAUGAUUACUGGAAAAUGGUGAAAAAGAAAAAGGCUUUCAUGAGCUAGAGAGUUCGUUUUGUUACA